CGCGGAAUGAGGCCGUUUCAGGUAAUGCACAGUCUGCUUUUUUUUAUGCAUAAACCGCCCGUGCCUCCGCCCCGCCCCUCGCCGCAGGGGGCUGUCCCGUGCCCGCGGGUGGCUCUGCGCAUGCGCGCUCCGUCUCGCGCGCGCUCCCGGCCGGCCGCGUUGCCGCCGCGCGCGUGCGCCGAGCCCGGGCGUGGGGAAAUGGCGGCGCUGGCGGCGCCGGAGGGAGGCUGCGGCGCGAUGCCGGCGGGGAGCGUCGCGGCAGGUCCUCCGCCCGCCGGGCCCGCGGGGCCGGGCUCGUGGAGCCGGUCCUUGGACCGAGCCUUGGAAGACGCGGCGGCCAGCGGCGCCCUCAGCCUGAGUGGCAGAAAGCUACGGGACUUCCCGCGGGCCAGCGCCGCCGGGCACGACCUCAGCGACACCACCCGGGCCGAUUUUUCACGGAACAGACUGUCAGAGCUUCCAGCAGAAGCAUGUCACUUUGUCUCCCUCGAGAGUCUUAAUUUGUACCAGAACUGCAUUCGAUAUAUCCCAGAGGCUGUUUUAAACUUACAGUCUUUAACGUUUCUAAAUAUCAGUCGAAACCAGCUUUCCACGUUGCCAGUGCACCUCUGUAGUCUACCACUAAAGGUUUUGAUAGCAAGUAAUAAUAAGUUGGUUUCAAUACCUGAAGAAAUUGGACAGCUCAGACAGUUGACAGAGCUUGAUGUGAGCUGUAAUGAAAUACAGACAAUACCUCCACAGAUAGGCAAUUUGGAAUCCUUGCGGGACCUAAAUGUCAGAAGAAAUAAUUUGGUGCAUUUACCUGAAGAGCUUGCUGAGUUGCCUUUGAUUCGAUUAGAUUUCUCCUGCAAUAAAAUAACAACAAUACCGGUUUGUUAUAGAAACCUCAGACACCUGCAGACCAUCAUGUUAGAGAACAACCCUCUCCAGUCACCCCCUGCACAGAUAUGUAUAAAAGGAAAAAUUCACAUAUUUAAAUACCUGAACAUAGAAGCAUGCAAGAUAGCUCCAGACUUGCCUGAUUAUGAUAGGAGACCCAUGGGAUUUGGAUCUUGCCAUGACGAACUUUAUUCCGGACGGCCGUAUGGAGCACUUGAUUCUGGUUUCAACAGUGUGGACAGCGGAGACAAAAGAUGGUCAGGAAAUGAACCGACAGAUGAGUUCUCAGAUCUCCCUUUACGUGUAGCAGAGAUCACUAAAGAACAGAGACUGAGAAGAGAAAGUCAGUAUCAAGAAAACAGAGGGAGCACCGUCAUACCUAAUGGUGGAGUGGAACAUGAUCUCGAUCAGAUCGACUAUAUUGAUAGCUGCACCACAGAAGAGGAGGAGGAAGAGGUGAGGCAACCCAAGUGCAUGGACUCAGACAGCCUCAGCUCGCAAUUCAUGGCAUAUAUUGACCAGCGGAGAAUCUCUAACGAGGGGUCACCAGUGAAACCUGUAUCUGUGAAAGAAUUUCAGAGAACAGAGGAUAUAAAACGACAUGUACAUCAGAACAGACCCCCGGCUGAUUCACCUUACUUUCUAUCAAGUCACCACAGUCAGGUGUCUAGUACAGAUCCUGAGCUGCACCGCAGGCACGUAGAGAGAACCCGCCGGGAGGCCCAGCUCGCAGCACUUCAGUACGAGGAGGAGAGGAUGAGAACAAAACAGAUUCAGAGGGAAGCUGUCCUUGACUUUGUUAAGCAAAAAGCAUCCUCAGGUCCUCAGAAACAAAGUCCUCUGGAUAGUGAGUGUCCCUUUCCAUCCAGAAGGUCUCAACAUACUGAUGAUAGUGCCUUGUUAGUGAAUGGCUUUGAGCCUCUCUUUGUGUUUGAGAUUGACAAUAACACCAAUACCAUUAAAAGAAGGCCAGGGACUCGCAAACAGUCACAGUCAGGGUUGAAUCAGGAAAGCUGUGCUGCUACCCUGCCUAAUGCCUCUAUCUUCAGUCCUGUCAAGAGUGAUGACAGACCUACCAUCUCCUCCGGCUCACCUACUGCUCAGACAGUCCACCUUUCCCCUCCAUAUCCUGGCCAUGCAGCCCCACCUUCCUAUAGAAACCCUUCCCAGCGACCUGAGAGUUUCCUUUUCCGAGCAGCUGUCAGGGGUGAAGCAAACAAAGCUGUUACUCCAUCUUCUCCCCGUGCCUUGUCCCCCGCUAAUGAUUCUGUGGACCCUAGAGUGAGACAAAACUCCAAACAGCGAGAGGAGGAGCUGGAGCUGAUAGAGCAGCUCCGUAAGAAUAUUGAAUCACGGUUGAAAGUGUCGUUGCCCAGUGAUCUUGGAGCAGCUCUCACCGAUGGGGUUGUUCUGUGCCAUUUAGCUAAUCAUGUGCGACCCCGAUCUGUUCCCAGCAUUCAUGUCCCCUCACCUGCUGUUCCUAAACUUACAAUGGCAAAAUGCAGGCGAAAUGUGGAGAAUUUUUUGGAAGCUUGCAGAAGGAUUGGAGUGCCUCAGGAGCAAUUAUGUUUGCCUCUACAUAUUUUAGAAGAGAAGGGUUUGACACAGGUAGCUGUGACUGUCCAGGCGCUCCUGGAGCUGGCACCCCCAAAGCAGCAGCAACUUCACCACUUGUCUGCUGUGUAAAGACCUCCGGGACCUUUUGGGUUACCUUGGCUAAGCAGAAGGACAUGAAGACUUUACUGCCCUUGCAGUGCAUCCAAACACGCAGAGCUCUGUUCUAAGGAAAUGAGUUUCCGUGAUUCCUGACAGGAAUGUUUUACGUCAUUUCUCCAUUUUUUUGGAGAUCACAACAGUUUCCAAACGUUUUUACUAUCAAUAUUUUUGCCCCUUAUUUAAAAAAAAUAUAAGAGUUCACUGGGAGGAAGGCAGGGAAUUCUGGAAGUUGGCUCUUGGAGCCGGCUGGCCUUGUGUAAACUGAAGAUGUGGAUGUAGAGUUGGAAAAGCAAUUCCUAGGGGAAUUAAUUUGUAAAAAAGGAUGUUGCUGCAGUGGGCACAGGGGGAAUGAAAUUUCUUUCCUUCCUCACAGGGUUCAAAGAAAGGGAAUUUCUUUGCCCCCACAGAACAGCCAUUUCCAUUAUGUAUUAAAAAAUUGCGACACACGAUCAUAAGCGGCAAUGUUUCUUAACAGGGUCGAACCUCGGGCAGCUCUAACUUGUCUUGUCGUGUCCUCAGUACUGGAAAUUGGAAGGAAAAAACGAAGUAAUUUUUUUUUUUUCCCAAGGGAAAAAGUACUGCAUGCUUUCUCCACAAGAAACACCUUUGUAAAGAUACUAAGUCAGAACUGUUCAAAUUGUGUUAAGCACAUCGGUAUUCUUGCCAGGUUCGCUUUCUCUUUGGGUUUUAACAUGUCUUCAUCUUGAACAUUUUUCCAACAUCAGUGGAUGGAGAUCUCUACCUCCUUUCACCUCCCAUUCUGGUCAUGUAAGGAUGCGUUUGGUUACUCAGCGGUUUGUCACGUGGUGGCGAGGUGUCGUCAGGAACUGUGUCUGUGUUGUCACUGUGGGGUGAAGAGGUACAGCCUGCCAUGCUCAUCUUUAGGAACCCAUUAUCAAAUAAUACAUUUGUUCGAGGCUGAAGGUCAUACGCAGACGUGCCAGCACUGGUGGUUGUCGCAGACACUGAGACAUGCAUGAUUUUAAGAACACAAUUACUGAAUUUCUCCAGGUGGGCUGCAAAUUGUCAAAAUCUGUUACAAAAUGUUGCUCCUGUUUGUGGGUAUGACAAGGCUUUAAUGAAAGUCUUUUUUCACUGGAGUUUAUGUGGAGAGAUGCUCUGGUUUUCCAGAACUGCCAGUACUUCCUUCCUCUUUCCUUAACAUAAAUAUGGAAAUCCAGUGUGCAGGAACAGGAGAUGCAGCAGACAGGUUUUGCGUUUUGCUGGAAAGUUGAUCUGCAAAGCAAAGACAAGCUCUCUGUGCUUGGGUCCUUGUCAGGAGGCCAAGCUCACUACCAGAUCCAUUACAAUAACCCUCCUCUCUCAAAAAAAGGCCUUGGAGAAUCCAGUUAUCCGCCUGUGCAGUUCUGUGUUAGGUUUAGCCCAAUUUAAAGCCCAGAUGGUUACACUGCUGAUACAUGGAGCAAGGGGUCUGAGACCAACUCCAGGCAUUUGCUGUAGGUACUGCAUCUGGGGAUAUGUUUGAAGCAGAACACACCAAGCGGAUUUCACAGGGAUUAAGGAAGAAGAAAGGGAAACAGGCUAGCUACAGGGCCUUUUUUUGGAAGUAAACCUGCCGUGGGAACACUGGAGAGGACUGGCUCUAGCUGGAUUUUUUCCCCUUUUGAUUUGUAGUUCUGUUUCCACUCCGUUUUGCUUCAUGUAUUUAUUUCAAGGUCCAUUGUGGUGGCUGUGAAUCUCUUAUUUCACAUAAUUAUUCCAGUUGCUUCUGAUUGGCAUUGGCUGAUCGUGUCGCAAGUGGAAAGGAACGCCUGAAGGGUAUUUAAAACUGCACAGCUGAAAAGUGAAAGGUUUUCCUGCAGGGUAAGCGCGUUGUCCUGGGCCCUGUCAGAAAUGAAAAUGCCAGUACUUGGAAUAGGUGGAGGAGGGGAGCAACUCCAUACAGACAUGCUUCCAUCUUUCAGUUGGCCUUGUGCUUGCAAGAAGCGUUGGUAAUUCUUAAGGGAUCACACAGGAGUGUCUGCAGUCUCCGCUGUGUUUGCUCAGUGGAAGAUUCUGCCGCUCACAAGCAAACAUCACCUACCACAGGGGUUUCCUUUGCAUUUGUCUCUGCACAUAAUAUGAAAGAGGGGGGCACCAACUUUGUCUUAGUUUUCCAUAUUAGGUCUCUUAUAUUGGUACAGGGCGCGUUGCUUUUUAACAGCACACCCUUCUUCCCAUUUUAAGAAAACCAUUCCCUUCCUGGAAUUGUGAGGGGGUGUUGUUUGCUUCAGUCCAGCUUCCAGGAGGAACUUCCCAAUGAGGGUGGUGAGACACUGGCACAGGUUGCCCAGGGGAGCUGUGCCUGCCCCAUCCCUGGAGGUGUUCAAGGCCAGGUUGGAUGGGCCUUGGGCAGCCUGAUCGUGUGGGAGGUGUCCCUGCCCAUGGCAGGGGGCGGGAAACGGAUGAUCUUUAAGGUCCCUUCCAACCCAAACUAUUCUAUGAUUCCAGCACUUAGGGGAAAUGAACUUAUCAGUAUUCCAGUUGGUGGAAGUUUGACAUUUCAUCAAUACUAGCUUUUAGGAAUUAAGGGGGUGGGGGCUUGAGUCUCAACUGCAAGAAACAGCUAUUCCUGUAGUGCCCAGUUAACACCGCUCCUCUUCUGCACGAGCGGGGCGUGGGCUGCAGCUGGGCUCCCAAAAGGAGCGAUGGUUGCACAGCGGCAGGCGAGGCGUCCGCAGUGUCGCUUCCUUUGCUCUCAGCAACCUUCACUCUGGAGGUUUCAAUUCAUGUGAGUUUGACUUCAUAAGCCCGUGUUGUCGUGCUGGCAAACAGUAAAUCUUGACCAGAUGUUUAGAACAAAACUCCAGACCUGAGGUUUCACCACACAUUUUAUUUAAUGUAUUACACCCACACCAACUCCGGUUCCCUUUUGCAAAAUGGGUUGGGAUUUUUUGGUGUAUUUAUGUGCAAUUUUUGUUGUAUCCCAUGAAGAGUAUUUUAAAGAAAACGUGUAUAAAGUUCUAUUUUGUGUGUUAAAGCAAAAAGGUCCUUCCUGUCCGGGGCAUUUGUCUUGGAGGGUGUGGGAGGAAUCCAUCAGUGUUCAGUGCUUGCUGGUAUUUAAUACACUGACUCCAUCGUGUCACCAUCCCGCCUCAAACCAUGUCAAGCACUGAGCAGCAGCUGAGACUCAGCACAGCCGCAUGCUCAGAUUGAGUGGCUCUGGCACUCGGGAGACCCUGGUGCUGUCUUAGUGGUCAGGGCAAACCAGCCAGGGUUUGGGUCUUCCCUCCCUGGGAAAAGGAGGCUUUUGGAAAGGCCCUGACCGUAGAGGCAUGCAUGAAAUAAAUCAGAGGCUGCUUUUUACAGUGUCGAGAACACCUCUGUUCCGGGUAGUGACACAAUGGGAAAUGGUAUUUUUACCCUUUUAUGACUAUAAAUGGUUCUUUGAAAAAAUGUUUUACAAACAAAGGACUUGGAAGGUGAAUUUGGAUGUCUAAAGAAGUCUUUUGUAUAGAGAUGGUGAUGUUUUACAAAGCAAUCUAAUUUUGUUAUUUCUGAAAGCAGUGUACACGUGUAAUUAAUAGAGUAAAGGAUUUUAAAGCUUCAUCCCAUGCUGUAUGUGUGUAAAUACAUUCCAUAAUUUCUAAGUCUGUUACAUAUAAAUGUGUCGGGAUCUUGUAUACUUUAUUUUAAGUUGCCUGUAUUCUGCCAGUAGUGUGAGCUUCCAGCACAUGGAUAACGUAACAGGAAACCGUGGUAAUUUGAAAUAAAGUUUUAAAACUUCCAUGA